AUGAAGGAUUAUUUGAUAUAUUUUGCUCAGGCAUAUCCGAAUUUCCGUCGAGCGGAGUUAGAAUCGUUAGCAGAUCUUUACAAUAUUCCAUUAGAUCUCUCUCAUCACGAUGAAGCUUCACCAUUCAUUAUUGUUCAACUUGAGAAUGAUCAUCAAGCCAAACAGCUUCUCGCCCGUUCGAUCCUCAGCAGAGGUAUAUAUGAGCUCUAUGGUCAAGGUGAGAGCAUAGAUAAAAUCCAUGAACAAAUCAAAGCUCUGAAUGAGAAGCUUGAUGCUAUUAGACACUGGAAUCAAGCAUCCUUUAAAUUCGAUUUCAUAGGCUACAUGGGAGGACGCAGCAACACCACCAAAGUUGAUAUCAUCAACCUGUUCAGAUAUUUGCCAUUAGAAGGUAAAAUCCAAAUGAAAAACCCGGAUCAAGUAUUCACAGUCUUAGAAGAGUAUGUGAGAGAAGAAGAACUGAAACAAACCAUUCCUGUUACUGUGUGGUUUGGUAGGCAAAUACAAUUGAGUGCUAGGGUUAAUAAUAUCCUUGAUAAAUAUGAUUUGAAACAAAGAAAAUACAUUGGUACCACGUCUUUUGAAGCGGAACUUUCCUUAGUCACUUGUAAUAUAGGACAAGUUGCACCAGGAAAGCUUGUAUAUGAUCCGUUUGCAGGUACUGGGUCAUUUCUCGUUGCUGCUGCUGAGUUUGGGGGGUACCCCUUAGGUUCGGAUAUAGACAUCCGUAUACUUAGAGGCAAUGGUAAGGAUCGUGACAUCCGAGCUAAUUUCAACCAAUAUAAUACGCUGUCACAGUUUGUGGAUGUACUUACAAUGGACUUUACUCAUUCGGCACUUAGAAACGACAUUGGUAUACAAUGUAUUGUAUGUGAUCCACCAUAUGGAGUUCGCGAAGGUUUAAAGGUAUGUGGAGCCAAAGACCCUGAAAGAGCAGCAGGAAGAGAAAAGAUAGUUAUUGAUGGAGAAUUGGCUCAUCUUAAACGAGAUUUCAUUCAGCCAAAGAAACCUUAUGAUUUGGCCAACUUAUUGGCUGAUUUGCUUGAAUUUUCAGCAAACACUCUUCCAAUUGGAGGUAGGUUGGCGUUCUGGAUGCCCACAGCCAAUGAUGACUUUGAGCCUCAUCUUGUACCUCAACAUCAACAGUUACGAUUAGUGUACAAUCUAGAACAAGAAUUCAACAAAUGGUCUCGUCGAUUAUUAGUGUAUACGAAGGAAGACUCGGAAUAUGAAGGCGUCACAUCGAAUGGGCUUAAAAUGCAUAAUAUCCGAAACUUUAGAGAACGGUAUUUCCAUAGUUUCAGUGAUGAUAGUAGAUAA